UUUACGCACGUUUUUUGUUAAAAAUAAAUAUAUAAAUCCAUGCCAAUCAGCCUAAGUAAUAAGUUUGCUGGCUUUAGAGGCUGCUGCUCCGUGUCAGCCUAUGAAGCAGAGGCAGAGCGACGUCACGCCGCCGAGAGGAGAGCUUCUCAGUGCGCCUCCUCUGGCUCCCCACACACACGCUGUGCCGUGGACACCGAGUGCACAGUUUGGUCCGACCUGCCGAGCGCAUGUGAGCACUCUGUCCGGGAGCAAACAGACGAUGAGGAAGAGUCAGUCUCCUGUUCUUUUUCUUCGGUAUAUAAGAUGAGAGCCUUUGCGUUGAGUCUGACGAGUUUAGGAGGAUUUCUGAAGGGAACACUAACAGUCUACACAGAGGAAAUGUCCACUACUGCAAGUCCAACCAUUCCCUCCUCACAGCUGACAUCCGAUCAACUCACAGUGGUUGCUGCAUCCUUGUCUUCCCUGGUGUUCUUUGUGGUUAUCGUGGUGCUUCUGUCCAUAAUUUACCGUAAGGAUCCUCAGUGCUGCAAGCUCCGCUCCUGCCAGGGGACACAUGCAGAUAUGGAUGCUCCUCCUCAGUACUACAGCAGCAGGCAGACUCUGGUGGGAUCUCCUUGUCUCGAGCAGACUCAGAUCAUGGAUGGCAGCAACGCUCAGCAGGCAGGUCAGCUGUUCUACAUCGGUGUGCCCUCCAGCUACAGCCUGCCAACACUGGAGACCCCCCUGCCGAGGCUCCCCUCCUACGAGAGUGUCCGAAAGAAGGACCGCCAGAGGCAGAUCCACAUGAUGAUCGCAGAUCGCUUCGGCCUCAAUGGACCCAUUGUGACUGAGCCUCCUCCAACAUAUGAGGAGAGUAUCCGCCAGUCGAUGGAGCUGCCAUACAACAUCCUCUCAUCUAGUCUGGAUGUCUCCCCUCCUCAGGGCAUCUACACCAGUUCAGGACCUGACACACCUCAUCCGGUCAGCUCUGACCCCGACAGCGCUGUUCUACCUGUGUGAUGCUGAUCAAGUGCUCCAGCUGCGCCACGAAUGAGAAAAAACAUUUGACAGCUUUCAUACAGACAGACAGAGAAUGUGAUCACGAUUGGAUCCUUCACACUUCAUGUGAGCUGAUUCAGAUACCUCAAGACUGAGUUUAUGUUGAGGGAAAGCUGAUAGCCGAGCGACCAAAGAGGUGCGACACACCCUCCAGGAAGGGACACCUUUGGCUGGGAUCAUUUGGCUGUAAAAAACACUUUGUGACAUUUACUGAGGUGGCUGGUACAUCUUGAAGACUACAGGACUGCAACAUACCAAAAAAUUAACCACUAUUUACUUUGUUGAUUAUAUGUCAGUGAAAAACUUGUCUCUGCUGUUUGCCCUCUUAUUUUAUUCUGCUGUUCCUGAGCCAGAGGCCUCAUUGUCUGGUUUGUGAGAUGGUCGUGUAUGCUUCUGUGUGCAGCCGAAGCACGCUGCUCCAGAUCGCGGUUCAGCCUGUGAGAGGGAGAAUUUAUAAAGGUGCUAAUGAGAGUGUGUUCCAUGAAGUUAUAAUGUAUCACAUGUAUCACAACACGUUUUUUUUUUAUACCACUUUGCUUUUGUUAAAACAGAUGGGACCCUAUGAUUUCUCACUUUCUGUUGAAACAUUUUAUCCUUUUUAGUGUUGGCUCUGUUGUUCUGCUCUCCAAAAGCCUUCAGAGUGAAUGUGAAAUGAAAACACAUGCCAAAUGUUUGUCCUGCACAUUGUCAUCUACUGUAUUUAUUGAAGAAAAAUGAGCGACUUCUCAUUACUUCUCUCAAACCAGUGUAAUGAAUGCUUUUAUUGUUUUGUUGAUGGACUAUUGUAAUAACAGCGGCACAUUAUGAAUAUUUAAUAAAUGCUUAAACAUCAGCAGUUACAAACAAUAUCAUUACCACUCAUAGCAAGGCUUUGAAUGUUUAUUUUUAUUUCCAUGGCUGUACUGUUUAUAUGUGUGUGUGUAUGUGUGUGUGUGAGAGAGAGAGAGAGAAAGGAGACUUUUUCCAACUAGUUUCUCACAGACUUUCUAUUCUGUGUCCUUAGACUGAUUAAAUUAAUUUGUUGAGAAAUUCCUUCCCAUUGAUCCUGAUUUUGACUGCAGCUCCUUGACUGUUUUUGCACUUUUCUUUCUAGGUCUUAUGAUCUUUGUCUGUCAGCUCUUUAGCUACGAUCUACAGAAUCAAAACACUCCUCCCACAGUCUGAUCUCGAAAAGGUAAUCCAUACCUUCAUUUUCUCCAGGUUAGACUACUGUGAUCCUCUCCUGUCCAGCAUCUUCCACAAGUCCCUCUCACGCCUGCAAGUAGUCCUGAACGCAGCAGCUGGACUUCUCACUAAGAGUUUUAACAGACAGCAUCACAUCAGCCUAUCCUAGCCUCCCUCCACUGGCUGUCAGUCCACUUUAGAAUUAAUCUUAAGAUUUUAUUGAUCACUUUUAAAGCACCCAUACGAGCCAACCCGAGGCCUGAGAUCCUCCAGUGGAGCCCUUCUGGUCGUUCCAAAAUCGAGGUUAAAGACUAAAGGUGACCGGGCUUUUGCUGUCAGAGCCGCUUGGGUUUGGAACAACCUGUCUGAGGAAAUAAGGCUUACAAGGUCAAUGACUUGUUUUAAAUCACUUUUCAAAACCCACAUUUAUAGACUGGCUUUUAUGUGAUGUUGUCUGUCUUUUUAUUGUCUUUUUGCUGCCCCUUUUAGCUUAUUGGUUUUAAACUGUAUCAUUCCUAUAUUGAUUGUCAAUCCUUUUUCUAUUUCAUUUACUGUUCUUUUAUCUUAAAUCUUCAACCUUCUACAGCUGUUUUUCACCAAUUGUCUAUUUUUAUUUUGUUUAUUGCCUCCUAUUUGUGUAGGAUCAUCAUUGUGUAGAAUCAUUAUCUAAGAAAGAAA